AUAGCCAAUCCCCGGCCACGUCCAGGCCCGCCUCCAUCUUGUCCCCUUCCUCACUCAAGCCCAACCCGCGGCCCCCACCCCUUCCCUCCUCCAUUUCCAUCCGGUCCGCGAUCGCGGCGGACCCUACAGUCAACGCGCGCCGUGAGUCACACUCCACAGCCAAUCCCUGGCCACAUCCGGGCUCGCCCCCGGCCCGCCCCAUUGUUCCCACAAGCCCGGAACCCACCAAAUCCCGCCCCUCCCCUCCCAAAAAAACACCCCUUAUCCAGUCUUUUCCAGCCUAGAGAUCACAGCGUAGCCCUCAGCCAAAGCGCGCACUGAGUGCAAACCCCAGAGUCAGUCCGUGUCCCGGCUCCGCCCCCCGCGUCCGAAUCCCGCCCAGCCAGGCCCUCAAGCCCAGGCGGGUCUCGAGCCUGGAGAGGCGAGGUUCCCGCACCAGAUAGCAUGUUUUUGGCCCAGAGGAGCCUCUGCUUUCCUAGUGGUAGAGCAAAAUUCCUGAAGACAAUUUCUUCUUCCAAAAUCCUCGGAUUCUCUGCUUCUGCUAAAAUGUCAUUGAAAUUCACAAAUGCAAAACGGAUUGAAGGACUUGAUGGUAAUAUGUGGAUUGAAUUUACCAAAUUGGCUGCAGACCCUUCUGUUGUGAAUCUUGGCCAAGGCUUUCCAGAUAUAUCCCCUCCUACAUAUGUAAAAGAAGAAUUAUCAAAGAUUUCAGCAAUCGAUAGCCUGAAUCAGUAUACACGAGGCUUUGGCCAUCCAUCACUUGUGAAAGCUCUGUCCUACCUGUAUGAAAAGCUUUAUCAAAAGCAAAUCGAUUCAAAUAAAGAAAUCCUUGUGACAGUAGGAGCAUAUGGAUCUCUUUUUAACACCGUUCAAGCAUUAAUUGAUGAGGGAGAUGAAGUCAUACUAAUAGUGCCUUUCUAUGACUGCUAUGAGCCCAUGGUGAGAAUGGCUGGAGCAACACCUGUUUUUAUUCCCCUGAGAUCUAAACCUGUUGAUGGAAAAAGAUGGUCUAGUUCUGACUGGACAUUAGAUCCUCAAGAACUGGAAAGUAAAUUUAAUUCCAAAACCAAAGCUAUUAUACUAAAUACUCCACAUAACCCACUUGGCAAGGUGUAUAACAAAGAGGAACUGCAAGUAAUUGCUGACCUUUGCAUCAAAUAUGACACACUCUGCAUCAGCGAUGAGGUUUAUGAAUGGCUUGUAUAUUCUGGAAAUAAGCACUUAAAAAUAGCUACUUUUCCAGGUAUGUGGGAGAGAACAAUAACAAUAGGAAGUGCUGGAAAGACUUUCAGUGUAACUGGCUGGAAGCUUGGCUGGUCCAUUGGUCCGAAUCAUUUGAUAAAACAUUUACAGACAGUUCAACAAAACACAAUUUAUACUUGCGCAACUCCUUUACAGGAAGCCUUGGCUCAAGCUUUCUGGAUUGACAUCAAGCGCAUGGAUGACCCAGAAUGUUACUUUAAUUCUUUGCCAAAAGAGUUAGAAGUAAAAAGAGAUCGGAUGGUACAUUUACUUGAAAGUGUUGGCCUAAAACCCAUAGUUCCUGACGGAGGAUACUUCAUCAUCGCUGAUGUGUCUUUGCUAGAUCCAGACCUCUCUGAUAUGAAGAAUGAUGAGCCGUAUGACUAUAAGUUUGUGAAAUGGAUGACUAAACAUAAGAAACUAUCAGCCAUCCCCGUUUCAGCAUUCUGUAACUCAGAGACUAAAUCACAGUUUGAGAAGUUUGUGCGAUUUUGCUUCAUUAAAAAAAACAGCACACUGGAUGCUGCUGAAGAAAUUAUCAAAGCAUGGAGUGUACAGAAGUCUUGAUAUGUGCAGAAUGGAUUAAUGUUUGUUAGAUGACCUAGUAUGGAAUUGUUACUUAGUGCUGCCACCUGCUGGAUGUUAAAAGGUAUUUCGGUACAACUGGAAUUUAAAUAUUUACAUUGUUUUUCCAAAGCAGUUAACCCAACUCCUAACAAUAUUCAGGGGAUCUGACCUUUUUUUUCAGUUGAAAUGUAUUAACACAUCUUCCAUGAUCAUUUUUUAAGAGAGUCAGCAUAACAUAGUGGAUAAGAACUGUGAGAUGUUUAACCUCUCAGUAACUUGGUUCCUUCAUUAUAAAAUGGGAAUAAAAUCAGUACCUGUUUCAUAUGAAGGUCAUUUCUGAGAAUUAAAUGGACUAAUGUAUGCCAAAGCCUGGCAAACAAUAAACACUCAUCUGACUUUAGCCGGU